AUGUCGUUCACAUUCGAAACCCGUUCGCCCGUCGAGACCGCCCGUCUUGCUGCAAAGCAUUGCGACUUUAAAACAUCGCUGCCUUCCGUUCCGUCUCCUGUGCCGUCCGUCCCCGAGAUGUUGGCUACCAUUCGCCACACUCCCAAGCGCAUUCGGCGUCUAUCUCAUGCCGGCGUCGACCAUAUCCGUCGUCGCAAGCAAUCUGGUCAAGAGCCAGAGGACUUUGCUGCACCGCCCGAGUUCACUAUUCCUGACUAUAAGGAGUCGACAACUCAGACUCCGGUCGAGGAGGUUUCGCCACUCGAUGUCGAGGGCUCCAUGCCAAAGCCCAACCGCUCUCGCAAGUCCUCAGUCGCUUCGAGUGUCUCUUCCGAAGCGAGCUCGACGCUGCCUCGCAGGCGGCGAUCAUCCGUGACCAGUGUCGCCGAGUCGUUCUCCUCAAACAAGGAGACGGUGACGCUUGUGAUGAAGGUCAAGGCCUUCCCUUCAACGAUCUGGGGUUUCUUCUCGAGUUUUGUUUGUCUCAUCGCGGCCUUCAUCGGCCUGUCCCUUGUCGGACCCGCGCCAGACUACCAAGAACCUCCCCCACGCCCAAAGCCUGCGCGGGUUGCUGCUGCCAACCAGAAUGGAGACGAUCGCCGCCCUUCGCUGUUCAAGCGACUCUGGCACAAAUGCAAGGGAUCGUUAAAAUCAAUCACACCCUCCAAUGUGGCUAAAGCCCCCGCUCACCCCGCUUCCUCGCCAGCCAAACAACCAGCCCCUGUGGUGUUUGCCGCGUUGAAACAACACAUGAAACUUCCUGCUUGCCAGUGGAGACGGCACAUAACCCUUGUCUCGAAAUUUCUCUCCACGCGCAAGCUGCGAAAACAACAACAGCAACCUGAACAGCAGCCUGAGGCAGCGCACCCCGCACCAGCCAUCGUGUGUUCAGCGUGUGGCCGACAAUCUUAA